AUGUCGAUAAAUCCGUUCUGCGAGAUAGCGUUAGAGGAGGCGGCACGCAUGAAGGAGAGGGGACUUACGGAGGAGGUCGUUGCCGUGAGUUUGGGCCCGUCCAAGUGCGCGGACUCUCUCCGGACUGCAAUGGCUCUGGGGGCGGACAGAGCCAUUCACGUCCUGCACGAAGGUCCAGACGUGGAGCCGCUCGGGGUAGCGCGCACCCUCGAGGCCAUUUGCCGCCGCGAGAAGCCCAGCCUGGCGCUCCUCGGCAAAGUGGCUGUCGACGGAGACCACAGCCAGACGGGCCAGAUGCUGGCGGGCCUGCUGGGCUGGCCGCAGGCCACCGCGGCGUCGCAGAUCGACCUCUCCGAGCCUGGCUGGGCCACCGUCCAGCGCGAGGCUGAGUCAGGCAUGGAGACCCUGCGCAUGAAGCUUCCCGCUGUCGUCACGGCGGACCUGCGGCUCAACCAGCCGCGGUAUGCGCCGCUGGCAGCGAUCGUGAAGGCGCGGCGGAAACCGGUCGAGACGCUGUCGGCGGGGGACCUCGGGGUGGACUUGACGCGCCAGGUGGAGGUGGUCUCGGCGUCUACGCCACCGCCACGGCCGCCGGGCGUGCGCGUGAGGAGCGUCGAGGAGCUCGUGGACAAGCUCGUGAACGAAGCCGGGGUGCUGAAGGAUCAGUGA